UGUCAAUCGAUAUUGUGAAAUAAAAACAUGAAUUCAUGUAGAUAAUAAUAUAUUAAUAUAUUGUUAUCUACAAAGUACAAAUCCUGAGCUCAGAUUAUAGUAUGAUAAUUUACAUGUAAAGAAUUGGUAUAUUAUAAUAUUUGUGCUUUGUUCUUGAGUUGGUGGUAUAGGUAGGUAUAGGUGCAACGUUUUAAAGUUCCAAUAUUAAUAAAGCGAAAUGGAGAUCCCUACUCGUGGUACCCAAUUUAUUUAGCCUUGUCCUAACCACUGGCACAGUAUACAGUAUGGCAAUUGGACUUCAGCAGUUGGCACUUGGCACACUGCCACGGAAUACAGAAUAACACGAUCGGAUUAUUACUUAUUAUUGUAAUAUGUAAUGUAUGUAUAUUGUUCGGUUCGUUUUAUCAAUAUUUAAUCGCCAAGAUCGACAAUUGUGGCAUUGUGGAUUCGUGCAGAAAACAGUAAAAUGUUUUGUUGUGGGGUAUGUAAUGCCGUUUUUACCGGAAUGUAUCCCGAAACAGUACUUACAACUCCAUGUGGUCAUUUGUUUCAUGCUGAAUGCCUUAGCAUGUGCUUCAACAAAGUGUCGAACCUUGAAGCUAGAUGCCCAUUUUGUACACUAUGCAUAAACCCAUCUAAAACGAUCAAGAUACAUCUCCAAAUAGGUACAAAUUGGAAAGAUACCGCAGCUGCUUUAAAAAAACAGGCCAAUACAAGCAUCAUUAAUUUGGAUGAAUCAUUUAUGAACAACUCUGUAAUGCCAGAAAAUUGUAUAGAUUUGAAGAAUUCAAGAUUUGAUGAAACUCUUGACAAUUCUGUUUUAGACUUAGUGCCCAAAUUACCGGUGUUUAAUGCCAAUACAAGCAUCGUUAAUUUGGAUGAAUCAUUAAUGAACAACUCUGUAAUGUUGGAUUUGAAGAGUCAUAGAAAAACUAUGCUUACUACUUCCCUGUCUGGUGUUAUCGUAGCAGAAGUAACGGAAAACAUUCUAUCAAUCUUAAAUCGUGUCAUAGAAAAUUCCAUAAUAAUAGGACGAUCACUGAUGUCUGAAAAAAAAUUGAUAGACACAGCUAGGGAAACUGGGUACUCCAACAUAAUAAUAAUACUUAUGAACUUAGGGUAUCCAGUUGGUAUAAGUUUUAUUGAUUUAAUGCAUAAUUUAAAACUCAAUGUUACAGUAACAUUGUAUAAAUGCUUCAAUAAUAAAAAUGCUAUUAAUAGUAAGAAUACGUCAUAUUUAAACACAAAAAAUGAACAUCAACAAUUUAUAUUAAAUUUUUUUUCUAAGCCUGGGAAUCUCAACGAUAAUGUGAACAGAAUUUUAUUUCCCUGCCCUGAUAAUUGUAAUGAUAUGAAAUUUACUCAUAAUUUGGGUAAUUUAAUGAUAAGUUUUAUUAUUAAAUUGCCACUUUAUAAUAAUAAUCAUGAAGAUAAUAUCAAGGCUAUCAAUUAAAUUAAAAGAAAUUCAUUAACGAUAAUGUCAUAUUGUCAUGUUAUGUUUAUAUUUUAUUUCCAUGUAAAGUCAUACAAAUAUUGUUAGUAAAAUAAUUUAUUUUAAUGAUUAAUCCAACAAAAAUAUUAUUUUAAUGCUUUUGAUUGUAUAUUUUUUGUAAAACAUUUAUUUACAUUUUAUUUGUCUCACCAAAAAAAAACAUAUUUAAGUGCCUACCAAGAACUAUUGUUUCAAAGAAUUGUAUUAAUCAUUAUUUUUAUUUUUAUUUUUUUUUUGUUUUACUUACAUAUUAUGAUU